CUUGGAACUUCCCGACAUCUUAACAAUAAUCCGAAGAGUUCAGUGUUACUUCGCGAGAUACUGCUUUUUUAUUAGAACAAGAGAUUUUAUAUUUUGUGAGAAAAGAAAAGAAGAGAGAGAGAGAGAGAGAGAGAGAGAGAGAGAGAGAGAGAGAGAGAGAGAACAAUUUGGUGAAUUCUUCACACGACAAAUCGAGAAAAAUCAUUUAAGCUAUCAUUGAGAUUUAUGAUCUCUCCUGUCGAUUUGCUCCGCUAAUUACGCCCGUUUAUUUCAUAAAAAAUGUUAAUAAACUCAAGAGUGUUUGUGAUCAUUGCAUUAGUAACAUGCAUCGUGUAUGCCCGCACCAAUGAUGAUCGAGAUUCUUAUAAAGGAAUGAGUGAUAAAAUGUACGGUGGAUCUAUGUUAACUGAAAUAGCAAAAGAACUUGUGCAAAGAUCAACGACUGGCAGUCAGGUACUCAAUUUAAAUCUAUCAAAUCUACUACUGAUUCUGGUACUCAAAGCGGUUGUGUUUGGCGCUGGCUACCUAGGAAAUCAUGGCUUCAAAGGUCGCGAACUACAAGACGAAAACCUCGUAUCGGAGGGUGAGGUCGCGCUAGCUCUUGGAUAUCUGAUCGGAGAUACCUGUUUAUACAGAGCCGCUUGUGAAGAACCAUAUGUUGCGAGAGAGUAUCUCAGAGCGGCGGAAAUGCUGUUACAAACCAUGAAAUUGAUGCCGCAAAGCUUACCUGCAGAACAUGGCUAUGAGAAGAUGAUCAGUGAAUUCCGGAAGGCAAUCGAGUAUGGCAGCACCGAACAUUGUCCACCGGAAUAUAGCUGCAAGAAAGAAAAUAUAAAUAAUUUCUUCCGAAACGAGAAAAAAUAAUAUAAACUAUAAUAAUGUAAAUAAUGUAAAAAAUAAUGUAAACAUUAACAUUGUCUUCGCGAACCAUCAGACUUACAUAUAUUUCUUUCUUCUUUAUUAAGCGAUAAAAAUAGCUAUUAAAAUAAAAUGUUACAAAUUUCUUUUUAGAAUUAUUAAUAUUAACAUUAUGAUAUAGUGAUAUUACAGUUAUUUUUUUGUCUCCAAGAUGUUUAAGAUCUCUAAGAUUAGAGCAGCUAUUGAAUAAAAAUUCUUGUCAGAUGCAGCAAGAACUUGCUGAAGAACUUUGUGUAACUCAAUAAGCUUUUUCGGCUCGCUUAAAGAAGCUUGGAAGAAUACAGAAGGCAGAGUGUUAGAUUCCUUAUGUCCUCAGCCCCGGAAACAAAGUGACGACAAUACACUCUAAA